CGAGCGUUCGCGUACUUUCAGCUUUGCUAGUACAUAUGUAUUUAUUUGGGCUUGUUCUGUGCACAUAUAUAGUAUAUUAGUAUAUACAGAAACAUAUAUCCGAGUUCGUAAGGAUAAAUCUUCUAACCGGGGCAAGUGAAUUUUUCUCAAGAUUCUUUUCGACCACGCAUAUCGGUGAGGAGACGGAAUUGAAGAAACUUUUAACUUGUGAUGGGUGAACAAAUUUAUAAUGCAGAAAGAGAGUAUGUCGAGGAGAGUUUCCCGAAGAAUCGCGUGAAAGUGAGAACCGCGACGGCUGACCACUUAAAAAUACCGAUUGUUUAUUAGUGGGGAAUUGUAGAAAUAACAAAGUAAAAGAAGAAACGAAAACAGUGUAGCGGAAAUCUUACGAAACGUGAACGGCGGGUGAUAUGAGUGAAUAUAGGAUCUUUCGUGACGUUAAAUGAUCGAGCUACGGCCUGGUCGAAACAAACCCCGUCGAUUAACCGGCACGCGAUACGUCGGAAACACGAUUAAAACGCAGUGCGUCCUUCUCUUUCGCGCAAAGAAACCGACAGAUUCGUGAGCUCGCGUGGAAAGUGAAACAACGUUGGAUACAGGGAAAAGAAGCAAACGGGGUGUGUUCGAGAAGAGAAGUGAAAAAGGAAAAAUAAUGUGGUGUCACGUCCUCGCCACCGUCGUCGCUUUUUUGUGUGUUGUCUACGCUCAAGGAGGCCCGCGAACAUUUUCUGCUAGGCCUUACCGUGGAGGAUCAACAGUAACAACAAGAGCAGUUCUUCAAGGUACGGCAGAGUUGUCAUGUGAUAUCCGUCCACCGCAACAAAAUGAUUCCGUAAUUUUAGUCGUUUGGUACAAAAGCGAUACCACACCUAUUUACAGUUACGAUAUGAGAGGCAAACAUUCUGAAAAAGCUUCUCAUUGGAAUAAUAAGGAUCAUCUAAACGACCGUGCAUUCUUUAGAACUGUCACUGAACCAGCAACAUUAAACAUCAAUCACAUUGAGGAAAGAGACGAAGGUGAAUACAGAUGUCGAGUAGAUUUCGCGAAGAGUCCUUCCAGGAAUUCAAGAAUUCACCUGAUGGUCAUAGUACCACCGCAUAAACCAAAUAUUAUUGAUGAACGUGGAACUGUGCCAGCGGUAGCAGGUCCGUAUGAAGAAGGUGGUGAUAUGAAAUUACAAUGUCUUGUCUCUGGAGACGAACAUCCCCGUACGAUACACGACAGCUUGGAAGGAACUGACAAAUAUUCGCUAUUUCACGACCUCUUACUGCCAGUGCCGUGUCGACCAGAGCCAAAAGUGAGAUGGUGGCGGGGAGAAAUGCUCCUUGAUUCGAAAGAUGAGCCAGGAGAGUUUCCAUCUCUUCGUAGAAAUGCUUUAACAGUAAGGGAACUUUCAAGAGCUGAUCUUCAUGCGGUAUUUACUUGUCAAGCAUCCAACAACAAUAUCAGUCAACCUGUCUCUGCAUCGGUUGCAAUUGAAAUGCAUUUGAAACCAUUGUCUGUAGCAAUAUUAAGCAAUGAACACGCACCCCUUAGCGCUGGACGAAAAUAUGACAUAAACUGUAUGACUGUUGGAUCCAGGCCUCCAGCAAAGUUAUCGUGGUACAUGGAUGGAAAGAAACUGAGUAAUUACACGGAGAAGGUAUCUCAAGAUGGUAACAUGACAAGCUCGACGUUGAUAUUGAAACCAACGUUGCUUGAUCACGAUAAAGUAAUCACUUGCCGUGCAGAAAAUUUCGAAAUUCAACGAGGUAUAGUCGAAGACACAUGGAAAUUAAAUGUAUUCUUUGUACCAAUUUUACAUCUGGAGUUAGGAUCGAAUAUGAAUCCAGACGAUAUCGAGGAAGGCGAUGACGUAUACUUUGAAUGCAAAGUUCAUGCUAAUCCUGGCGCUUACAAAGUUAUAUGGAGGCAUAAUGGAAAUAUUAUUCAGAACAAUGCAAAAAAUGGUGUAAUAGUGCAACAAUAUGGCUUGGCUUUGAGGGAAGUUAAUCGUUCUCAAGCAGGCAAUUAUACUUGUAUUGCUAGCAACGUCGAGGGAGAUGGUUACAGUAAUACUGUCGAACUUAAAAUCAUGUACAAACCUAUUUGUUUACCUGAUCAGAAACGAAUUUAUGGCGUAGCUCGUCACGAAGAUGCUCGAGUAACAUGCAGCGUAGAGGCAUACCCAUCUCCAGAUAGUUUCCGUUGGACAUUUAACAAUACGGAAGAAAUGGUAGAUGUACCUCAGGCACGGUACAAGAAUUCCACACGUCAUAGUCAAAGUAUUCUUAUUUAUCGACCAAUUACAGAAAUGGAUUACGGUACAGUGUUCUGUUGGGCAAGUAAUACCGCUGGCCAACAAAAGAACGCUUGUAUAUUUCAUAUCAUUCCAGCAGGAAAACCUGAAUCUUUGUACAAUUGCACGCUGUCUAAUCAAACAACCGAUUCACUCUCGGUGGAGUGUUGCGUUGGUUUCGACGGUGGUCAACCGCAGCACUUUCUUCUUGAAGUCUUUGAUCAGCAUACAGGUGCACUGCAAGCAAAUAUUACAUCCGAAGAAAACGCUGUUUUUACUGUUCACGGAUUACAAUCUGGCAAAAUCCUGAACAUGAUUUUAUAUGCCGUAAAUGCGAAAGGAAGAAGCGAACCCACUUUGUUGGAAGGAUUUACAUUAAAGAUUGCUGAGAAACAAACUGGAAUACCGGUACCAUUCGAAAUUUCCCCAUUAUUAGGAGGAUUGAUUGGAGUAGUAACUGCAUUGCUUUUUGUUACUAUUACUAUUCUAAUAGCUAUGAAAAUUAGAAAUGAACGAAGAACUCAAAGACCAAGUGAUUUACCGUUAAAGAAAAGCACCGCACCCAGUUCCGAAGAUUUGUAUGAUACGGAAGAUAGAAAUCCAGAUGUUGUACCAAUAAAUAAAGGUUCUGAUUACCAAUUGACGGGAUCAAUAUCUGGCACUCCGUUAGCCACGCAAAACACACCGGAUGGACUUACCGCGACUUCGCUUUCUAUACAACAAGUGACUCACCUGCAAGGAUUGUCACCGUAUCCACACGAGUAUAAUAAUUAUCCGGCAUUAUCGAGAAUCAUACAAACUAUCCCAUCUUGUAGCGCCAGAUCGACCAACAAGGAAUCAUCUCCAAAUUUAUCAGACGAGGUAACGUACGCCGAAUUAUGUUUGACACGUCCAUCAGCAUUAUCAACGUUAGUAAGCGAUGCAACGUUGACUGGUGCAAGUGGAAUUGGCAGUUUAAGUACACUCGACGGUUACGGUAGUGGGGUGAUCGUAGGUGGUAAACCGUGUACAAGAGAAGCUACGAUUUAUGCUUGCAUAGAUCACAAUGCAAGACCAUUAAAAAUCGAUCCAUCAUCUACUUCGCCGUUCACAUUGGCAUCUCUGUCGACAAGAAAUACAUUUCGGGACUGUAAUGUUUCAACAAUGAAUAACAAACACCCCACAAGAGAAAUUGUUACUGUACGUACACCGUUAAUAUCAACCCAGGAAAGUUGUGUAUAGGGAUGCGAUUCUGACGCGCUGAAUAUCAACGAAUACUACGUUUGAUCUGUUGUGCGCGUCUAGUUCUUAAAUGUGGUUCUACAACCAUUUGUCCUAUAACGAAACGUACAUACAUACAUAUACGAUAUUUGAUAUGCGACAAGUGUGUAAAGUAGUUAACAGAAUUAAUGUCAGGUGGACUAAUCAAUCAUUAAUUGUCAAAUAUUAGUACGGUAGCGAAAGAAUACAAAGGAACAACGUGUCCUCUUGGUAUAUUAAAAAUAAAAGCGUGAUAUUAAUGUUAAUCUACGAAUUGUUCAAAGACACUGAUAAGUUAAGUUUAAAUUUGGUCACUAAGACUGAUUUAAAUAUUAUGUAAUCUUUCAUGUACAGGGUGCCCCGUUUAUUGUAAGCAAGUGAAUUGUUUCGCCCGUUACUUGAAAUGCAAAAAUAUUCGCGGUUGCAUGAUUUAAAGAUCUGUUUUUAAUACUAGAUGGACAUUUCAAGUUCACGAAGCUAUAAGCUUUUCGUUACUCGUGUUAUAACUCGUACCAAUUGAUCGAAAUGCGGAAGAUCAGCGGUUAUAUCGGUUCUCAAUUUUUCGCUAAAAUCAAUAUACAUUACAUCAUUACGCAUUUCACGCAUUAAGAUAUUAAUUACCAUUUCUUCACCCAACCUCCAUAUUUUUCGAAUUACUUACGAUAUGCGAGUACACAGCAUUGUGUUUAGCGUAUUAAACUAUAAUAUUUCGUAUAACUGAUAAUGAUAUCCAUUCGGGUGAUAUGAAAAUUUCUAUGACUAAUUUUUAUCUAUAAAAUGCUGAUUUACCUUUCACCAUCGUAUGAUGAUAAAAACUCAUGGUGUUGCACAAAAUGAUACGAAUAACAGUGUGAGAAUUGUCAAUUCUGACAAUGUAAGAAAUAUAUUUUUUGUCAUCAAUAAAUAUACAGGUAACAUUCGAUAAUUGCAUAAGAAUAUCCUCUUCGUAAUUGCACAGUCGUCAUCCUGGUUACGGGAUGGGAGGUUGGGUAUAUCGUAUUUGGUGUCGUUUUAAUCAUAAAUAUAUAGGAAACAUCUUGUUUGGGAAACAUGUUUCAUUUAUCACAAAUCAAAAAUAAGAAAGCUUGAUUUUUAAUUUAAACGUAUCAGCUUGUCUCCAGCCUUUAACGUUUGCCGAACGCCCCUCUUCCUCUUUCACUCACGUUGUCCUUUUUUCUACGUUCGGCACAUCUGAAAUCUCAGUUUCGAGAAUCGAGAAUCGUUUCCGCCUUUGCAGAAUUGCAACACUCGAUUUUUUUUCGCAAUUACCGAAUGUUUCGUGUAUUUUGUUUCGUUCUCUUUUCUUAAUCGUGUCGGCCGGAUGAAAUACGACGGUGCGGAGGAAAUGUAAAUCUCCAUUGAUUCAUAAAGUCUCGCGGUUUGCUCCUUAUAGUUAAUAUACAUAUAACGGAGGUUAAGCUACACAAGGUUGUGUCAGGAUUACUCUUCUAGGAUUAGCGAAUUUCUUGUAACAAGUGAUAUUCGCAUCAGGAAAGAUAUUGCUGUCAGUCGGAAAGGAAUAAAGAACAACAAACACAUACAAACAAUCUCGCUUGACAUUUGUCAUUCUUUCUCUAGUUAAUUUGAAAAUUCGAAGAAUAUUUAUAGAUCCGUGGCUAGAGCGGAGGUGCCAGAAACGGGAUAGGAAGUGGGAGCUGAUGAAACGUUGAGAUAUUCGCGCUUCCGCGUUCAGUCGGCAUAGUUGCGUCAGAAUGACGGUGUCUUCCAACUGAUAUAUCUACCGGAACAAGAGAGAGAGAGAGAGAGAGAGAGAGAGAGAGAGAGAGAGAGAGAGAGAGGGAGAGAGAGGGAGAGAGGGAGAGAGAGAGAGAAAGAGCUCCCAUGUACAUGUGUACAUAUAUACUGUCACGACAUGGGAAAUUGCCUUGAUCGACAAGAUACCUUUCACGUAGUAGCACUGCUAGUCAACGAACGAUUGAAGAACGGCCUCGUUCUUAACUUACUGCUAAAGAAGAAGUUGGGUGUACUGGUUCCAAGUCGUCGUCGUGUGAGCCCUAUUAGGCUGAACGAGGACAUUCAAAGUGGACUGCACAGAUUUUAAUCCGGAGCGAAUCAAGAGUGAACGAGUAGAGAAUAUCGGACAGAGCAACAUCGAAAGAGAAUAUUCGUACAAGUUAGUCGUAGUUCGUCCUCUUGUGACUCACAGUACUUUUGUCUUCGCGCAUAUCGCUCGUCACAGAAAGCCUGCUUCUUGUGUAUGCUAAACAUGAGCUAGAUGCUCAGUUAAGCUAUUCUGUAUGUUGCCAAGUUAAACUAUGAUGUAGUGUGUGAGUCAAAGGAGAUCAUCGUUUCUUUGUCGACUAAUGUGAACAACACAUUUUAAGGAAAGUCAACGUAGGAGUCUUGAAUCAAAUGCAACCUACAUCAUCAUCUUUUUCCCAUUAUUAAUAAGAAUGAAAAAAAGUUGUGUUCAUGAGUUGGAGAUUACUAUGUAUAUAUCUUCGAAUAUCUUGUUUAACUUAUUAUACCGAUAUAAUUACUACGCUAUAAAUUUUAGAAAAAUAUUUAUGAGUUGAUACACACUUGAAUUAUUUCAGAGUUCAAUAGGCUUUAAUGAAUUUUUAUCAGAAUUGAAAAAUCAAAUAAAGCUGAUCAAUUGAAACUGGGAUCACACAAUGAUUUAAUAUUUAAACGUGUCAAUUCGAUCAAGCAUUAUUUUUAAUGCCCACGCGUAUGUGCACGGUUGAUAAUUACUUGGAAUAGGGGCAAUUUCAUCGAUGAUCUUGAAAUGCGUUAUCAAGGUCAAUAUUUCGAACAACUUUUUCUUAUGUAUGUAAACCGCCGCUCGGCUCCGGUUCAAAAGUUGUAAAGCAAUUUAUAUUUAAUACCAAAUGGCGUUAUUCGAUAAAUGAUUUCAUAAAUAUUUAUUCUGUAAACAAUGUUACAACGACGGUAGGUAUAUUUGUAUAUUGUAUAUCUUUCACCAGUUGAAGAUCAAAACAAAGAACAACAUUCUUAUUAUUUCACGCUUAUCUUGCCGCCAUUAGGCUGCAUGAUGCUAUUCUACGCCGAUCUAUUCUAAUCCAUCAGUUUUUCUUUUUUAUUUGUACAAUAUUAAGAACGAUUAUCCCAUCAAUGAGCUAAGUUUAGAUUGCGAUGUAUAAAAAUGCGGCUAUCCAGAAUAAAGCAUAAUCUUAAAAUAAACGUAAUCGAAGAUUUUUGCAAAUAUCUUGGCAACUAAAGUGUAGCGGCCGUUAUACACACAUAUAUGUAUGUGUGUAUAGGAAUGUUCGCUUUGACAAUGUAUUUCAAGGUCAUGAAAAUUGGCGAGGUCGCCUGUAUUCCGAACCGAGUUACCGUACCAUUUAAUAUACAUAGUAUUAGUAAAUUUUAGUUCCAAUCAAUAUAUGAAUUUGAUGUAGCACUGCUAGUAUGAUGAUAGAUAAUAUGUAUUAUAAAAAAACGUAAAAGUGUAUUGUAAAAGUGUAAUAUGACCAGAAUAUAUGAAUUGUUUUGUAAUGAUUUAUUCAUGUUUAUACAUAAUCACCUCUUCAGCAAAGUUCAAAUCAGUUGUUCAAUUACAUCUUUGUUCAUAAUUCGCACUGCCUUGCGCUUAUUAUUUUUCACAACAAUUCGCGUAUAAUCUAUAUAGUAGCUUCUUAUCCAGGCUAUUGUUUUCCACGUAGAGUUCGUGUCUCAUAACUUGAAGUAGCAAUAACGAAAAAAUCAAAGUGCUUUUUACACCUCCCGCGAAUUGCUACGGCGAACAUCAGAAUUAUUAUAUUCAAUUUUAUCAUCGACAGCGAUAACCUGCGCUCGAAUACCAAAUAAUCCACAUCGUACAAUUUUCCUUCUAUUAUGAUUGGACCGAACGUACAUUUUGGUGUUUGUAAAAAGAUAUUUCAAUAAAGAAUUAUUUUCAAAUGUAUAUGUCGGGUUUGCGUUGGGAUCAGGCUUGCGGGCGUCAAAUGAAUCUUCACGGGAAUUAGCCAUUGAUGCGAUACAACACAGGUGAAGUUUAUUAUAAUAAUGGAGAUAUUACAGUCUUGACAAUUAACCGCGGUGAUUAGGCGUUCGUCGCGACACUAGUGACAAUGGCCUCAGGUUCGAUAACGAAUCCGCGGUCAACGGGAUAAUAGAUGUACGUUCUCCCAAAAUCUAAAUCUGACUCUUUGUUAACAAAACGCGAAGUAUUCACUGAUCGUAAAGACGUUACUCUCUCUCGUCGAUGAGAUCGCACGAGAGAAUGACUUUCCGUCACGAUUAUGCUGCAGAGGAAAACUAUGAAGGGGUGUG